AUGUACUGGCCUAAUGGAGUUCCCCGGGUCUACGCGGUCAACGGUCCAAACAUUGUUGUCUCCGAGGAUCGUGAACCCUCUGACCCUCCUCCAACUGGCCAACUAAACUCGAUUGACGAGAAUAAUGAUACCGAAGAAGUCGCGGCUCCAACCAACCAAAGCAAGGAACACAAUGAUGGAACAACCCCCCACACGGAGACCCCAAAGUGGGAGGAUGAAGCAAUCAAUGGCCUUUGUGUUUCACGCUCAGGGCAUAUGUUUGCGACCAUAACAGAAUCGUCAAUCUCCUUAUGGCAAACGAGACCAACAGCAGUGGUAGCCGCCAUAGCUCGCUCCUCGUUCUCUCUCAAGACCUAUGGCCCGAAUGUCGCCCUACUCAUGCACCCCGAUUCGACAAUCCUCGUCGUUCAGACACACCAUGGUUACCUCCUCACAUAUUCGGUAGCCUCAGACCCAGCAACUCGAGUCUACCAGCAGCAAUUCGAUCACAGUACAAACCCUCGCCGUCAGCAACUUACCCACUUUGCCGCCGUGGAAGACGCAAAUGUCGUCGGAGAUAUCAGUAUCAGGUUCCGUAUGGCAAUCAAGAUUGAGUCCGGGAUUGUCAAGGCGCUGGCGCUUGACCAAGAGCUGGUCGUGGCCACCCGGAAACCGUCGGCCGUACAAUGUAUUCGAUGGACACCCGAGUCCAGCGGCUCCCAGACUACGUCGGAGGUGUUGAACCAUAUUCUGAACGUACCGAAGAAAGUCACAAUCACUGAUAUGGUUUAUGACCGGGCUAUGAAUCUCCUGAUAUGGCUCACAAGCAAUGGUCAGGCAUAUACAGUACAACGGCUUCCUGGAACACAGCAAGAUCCCGAGUCGCCCAAGAAGCUUUUCCACGGGCAUUGCUUUCACGAUCCCAAGGAUGACGGCGAGAAAGCUUUGAAAGUAACGGUUAAUGCUCGCUUCUCGUUAUUAACCGUCUAUUGCGCCAGUGGGGAGAUCCUGGUCUACACUGCCAAAGAUUACACAGGCAAUGUACCGCUCUCCCAAAAGUUACAUCUCCCUGCGUCGCCAGCUACCACAGGGGCGUUGACCUUUAUGAACUAUUCGCCGGACGGAUACUGUCUCUUUGCCGGUUAUGAAAAUGGGUGGACGACAUGGAGUGUCUUUGGAAAGCCCGGUGGUAACAGCUUCACAGUUGAUUCUACCCUAGCAGCAUCAAACUGUGAGGAAUGGUUGACGGGAGUCUCGAAUGGCUGCUGGAUUGGCGGCGGGUCUGACAUUAUCUUGUCGGCACAGAAUGAUCGACGCCUGUGGAUCUUGGAAACAGCUCGCAGUGCUUUGACAGGUUGCUUCUCAGCUGUCAAUCUCGCCCAAGGCCUGCUGCAGACCGGGACCGAGUUCAUACUCUACCGUGGACAUGAUCUUCCAGAAUUAAUGACGAUAUCAGGCAAGGAUUCGCUAUGGCACCAUGGCCAAUACCCCCCCGGCAUACCUUCACUCGCAAUGGCCGAUCCGGUCCUGCGUCGUGUCCCAGGAUGGACGGCCGGAGGGGACUGGCACAUUACAGUGUCAACAGUGGCAGGUGGAAAGUGUUUGAAGAUUCGAAAGUGGAGAACUCAUUUGCCAUUCGAGGGGGGUAUGUGCUGGUACGGGCACAUUUUGAUUGCCGCUGUUGAAAGCGAUGGAUCAUAUGAGAUACGUCUCUACUCGCGCGAGGAUGCUCUCAAAGAAAGCUCCGUUAUAUUCACAGAGUAUCUUCCGGCGCCGGUGGUAUUUAUCGGCCCCUCUGGAGAGGAUUCCAUUUUAGUCUACACCUAUGACAACAUCCUCUACCACUAUGUCAUAAACUCCACGCAGCCCCAAAUCACCCUUGUUCCGGUCGGACAGAUUGCUUUCAAUGGGAUCGUGAGGGCUCCGACUCGAGUUCGUUCCAUUAGCUGGGUUUUGCCUGAGGAGCAAAUGCGUGAGUCCGGCUGCUCUUCAAACCAGACGAUAAAUACUGAUGCAAAGGUAGACAAUGGCGACCCUUCUCAAGACGUGAAAGUUGCAUCCGUGCUUCUCCUUGUUGAUGGCAACCUCGUUCUCUUACAGCCGACGGUGACGGAUGGAGGCGACCUCAAGUAUGACAUGCGAGUCAUCUCUAAUGAUGUAGAGUACUAUAUCCUUAUGCGCGACCAACUCGCCUUCAACUUCUCGCCUUCGGUAGAUGAGUCCCUACCGAACAGCCCGUCUGCCGAUAUGGCUCUCGCGCCAUCUCAUAGCAGUCUCUCGCUCAGGGACUCGCUGUGGUUGUUCCGAGGCAAGGAUCUCCUUGCCUGGAAUGACGUACAUGAUGUGCUACAGCAAGGAACAGUGCCGGCACCACUCAACAUACCCCUCGACUUCUACCCUCUGUCGGUGUUGUUGAAUAAGGGCAUCGUGCUAGGAGUGGAGUCUGAAAUAACGCAGCGGCGUGAUGUCACAUUUACCACGUUGAAAUUCGCCAUUCGAACACAUCUCUUCCUCCCAUACUUCCUCCAGUACAGUCUUAUAAAUCUUGGAACACCUGCUACCCUUUCUCUCUGUCGACACUUCUCCCAUCUAUCCUACUUUGCCCACGGCCUCGAAAUCCUGCUCCACCAUGUCCUUGAUGAAGAAGUGGACAACGGGGGCCGUGCAAACAAAUCCGAGGACCCAACCGUACGCGAAGGACCACUUCUACCUACCGUCAUCGCCUUCCUCCAAGCAUCACUGCCAGCCCGCGAAUAUCUUGACAUUGUAGUACAGUGCACGCGAAAGACGGAGCUUCGCUUCUGGCGCACACUUUUCACCUACCUACCUCCUCCAAAGGACCUCUUUGAGCAAGCCUUGCGACUAGACUCCCUCAAAACAGCCGUUGGCUAUCUCCUUGUUCUCCAGGCAUUUGAGGACGAAGACCACAAUCACGACGGCCAAAUUGAAGACUAUGUUGUUCGCCUGAUUGGCCUGGCUUCUCGCAAGGGAGACUGGGAACUUUGCACCGAGUUAGCCCGCUUCCUGAUCGCACUUGAUUCCUCGGGCGAGAUGCUACAGCGAGCGAUUUCCCGUGUUGGUCUGCGCCGAUCUCCGACGAAUGGGACGCACCCGGGUCUUGGUUCCAGGACUGGUUCGGCUGCUAGUGUUCGAGGUCUUGGGUUGAGUCUCCCUGUUCGUACGCCUUCGUGGUCAUCUCUCUCGCCGACUUCAUCUGUAUCGCAGCAUGCUGGUCGAGACGGUGAUGUUUCGGAUGAGUAUCCCCAGUCCGUGGAUAGUCGGGAUGGCUCAUAA